AUGGACACGGCUCUGUUGCCAGGGCCACCUUCAGGAAGGGUUGCUAAGAAGACAAGUACUCAGAAUGAGAGGGAUGAAUCAGAAGUUCAUCAAAGCCAACGACCCGUUCACUACACUAUUCCUCCAACAUGUCUCUACCAUGGGACUGCUGAGGAUUUGUGCUUCAUAACCACUACGUUUCAGCACCUACACAACUCAGGAUGGUACUGGGGUGGCAUUACAGCCAGUGAGGCGAGAGAUGCCCUCAGUAGUGCGUCAGAAGGGACUUUUCUUGUGCGUGACAGUAGCCAUCCACUCUUCCUCUUCACCCUCUCAGUAAAGACUUUAAGAGGCCCGACCAACGUCCGGAUAGAAUAUGACAGUGGUCGUUUUCGCCUUGAUUCCAACUUCACAGCUCGACCUUGCCUACUGUCCUUUCCUUCUAUUCCUAGUCUUCUGCAGCAUUAUGUGUGCACCAGUCAAGGGGAAAAGGGGGAGAGAAAAGCAGAAGAACAUCACGUGGUGUCAAAGGACAAUGCCGUUCUGCUUAAACUAAGAAAACCUCUCCACAGGCCUCAGGCCUUCCCAACGUUACAGCACCUUACACGUCUUACAAUAAACAGACACACUCAUUGCCACACACAGCUGCCAUUGCCACGUCCACUGUUGCUUUAUUUGCAAGAGUAUGCCUUUCAGGUCUGAAGACACUUGAGGAGAACAUUGUGCCAUUAAACGGGGUAAUUCUUUGCAAAAUGUUCGAUGAUUUGCCCAUUUUGGAAUAAUGUUAAUGUUGCUUGCCCUGCAGAAUUGUAGGUCAUGUUAUAAUUGUCAGAUGAAAAUCUGCAUUCCAGAUUAAAACAUUUCCAAUGAAUCAAAGACAAUUCAAAAUACAGGAUUGCUUAUACAUUUUGUUUUAAAAAAUGUUUUAUAUGUCUCUUUUGAGUAAACCGAAAUGUUUCUAUAUGUUUUUGUGUUUCCUAGUAUUUACGGACCUCCGACUUUACAUGAAUAGAUAGCGCUAUCAACAAAACCUUGAAAAAUGUUUUAACAACACAAAGUAUUCACAAGUGAAGUAUUCCUGAAAAGUAUUCUGACAACACAGCUGGAUGUCUUUAAAGUACUUC